GGGAAAGCUUCACCAUCCGAGAGAUGCAUGACGUCGGCGUUCUCGGUCUUUGCACUGCUUCAUCCACGCGUACGAAUACUUUGAAGUCACAAUGUACCACACCACUUUCCCGUCUGAUCUGCCCGUCCCGCAAGACGAUGGAGCUUGCGCCCAUCUCGUCAACACCAAGCUCGCCUCGCUGCCCCUCACUGCGACGUCCGGCGAGCCCAUUGACCUCUCCGCCCUCCCAGGCCUCACCAUACUAUUCUGUUACCCGCGUACGGGAGCUCCAGGCGAAACAAUCCCCGAUGAGUGGAACGCUAUACCAGGUGCCCGCGGUUGCACGCCGCAAGCCUGCGCGUUCCGAGACAUGAAGGCCGAGUUGGGCGUACACGGGGUGAACAAUCUAUUUGGUCUUUCCACGCAAGACACGAAGUAUCAGACGGAGGUCAAGGAGCGGCUGCAUCUGCCUUUUGAGCUGCUGUCCGAUGACGAAUUGCGGCUUGUUGGAGCUCUAAAGCUGCCAACGUUUCAAUGGGAGGACUCUGUUUUGGUCAGGCGUCUUACGCUGGCGAUCCGGAAUGGGACUAUUGUGAAGGUGUGGUAUCCGGUCUUCCCUCCGGAUAAGAGUGCUGAAGAGGUUGCUAUGUGGUUGAAAGAGAGGGAAUCAUGAGAACAUACAGUGCCUUGCCAUAGAUAUCCGUACACUUCCAUGUCAUUGUCUAUGGGGCUUCAACGUACUAAUAGAAACGGA